GAGGCAAUUUCGACAGGGGCAGGAAAACAUGCCGCAUCCUUCGGUUGGUGCACAGCGAAACAGCGAGGCAUCAUCUGCGUGACACCAACAAUUGGCAUGUCGUCGUCGACCACACCAUGGUUUGCGGAGCUAUUCACAGAUGACAGGGUGAGGACCCUAUCGCAUCAGGUCAUGACACUUGAGGACAGGGUGUGGGAGUUGGAGCACAAAAACACCCAACUGCUCCACGAGAAGGGUAAACUAGAGAAGCAAUUGGAGACAAAAGCGGCAGCUCAGGCCAUCUCAAGCCAGAAGGAAGAGGUGGAGAGGAGCUUGAAGGGUGAAAAUGAUAAGCUUCAGUUGGAGGAUUUGACUAUGGAGGAAAAUUAUAGCCAGUCUGAAGCUGAGGUUGAGCAGUUCCAAAAGGAAUUAGGUGCAUUAGUGGAGGAAAAAGAGGUAGCUGCUAAGACAUUUGAUGAUGACAAAGAAAAAAUGAAGAUGGAAUCAGAGUAUCUUAAAAGGAGGUUGGAGGAAAUCCAUGACAACAAAGAUUUCAUGAAGACUGAAAAUAAUAAGCUUCAGUCCGAGGCUUUGAUUGUAGAGAAGAAACAAAUCAUGUUUGAAGCAGAGAUUAAGAGACUGAAGAUGGAAUUGGGGGCAGUGACAGAGGCAAAGGAGGUGGCUGCAAAGGCAUUCAAUGCUCAAAAUGAAGAAAUCACCAAGAAACUAGAGGAUCUUAAGAGAAAGUUGGAAGAAAUCCAAACAAAUAAAGACUUAGUGGAAGGUGAAACUAAUGAGCUUCAGCCAGAGGUUUUUGCAACAGAGGAGAAAAAUAGCCUGUCUGAAGCAGAGAUUAAGUGCCUUAAGCAAAUAUUGGAAGUAGCGAUGGAGGUGAAGGAGGCAGCUGCAGAAUCAUUUGAUGCAGAGAAGGAAGAAAUCAUGAAGCAAUCAAACAAUCUCAAGAGGAAAAUAGAAGAAAAUCAAGCUAGCAAGGAUUUGGUGGAGAGUGAAAAUGACAAGCUUCGGUCAAAGAUGGUGACAGUAAAGCAGAAACAUAAUCAAUUUGAAGCAGAUAAUAAGAGCCUCAAGAUAGAAUUGGGCGCACUAAAGGAGGCGAAGGAGGCUACUGCAAAAGCAUUUGAUGUUGAGAAGGCAGGAAUCCUAAAGGAAUUGGAGGAUCCUAAGCGGAAGGUGGAGGAAAUUCAAGCUAAGAAGGAUUUGGUGGAGCGUGAAAAUGAUAAAUUUCAGUUGGAGGUCCUGACUGGAGAGCAGAAACAAAGCAAGUCUAAAGCAAAGGCUAAGAGUCUCAAGGUGGAACUAAGUGCAUUGGUGGAGGCAAAGGAGGCGACUGCAAAGGCAUUUGAUGUUGAGAAAGCAAAAAUCAUGAAGGAAUUGGAGGAUCUUAAGAAAAAGGUGGAGGAAAUCCAGGGCAAGAAGGAUUUGGUUGAGGGUGAAAAGGAUAAGCUUUGGUUGGAGAUUUUAAUAGUAGAGCAGAAACAUAGCAUGUAUGAAUUAGAGGUUAAAAGGCUCAAGUUAGAACUAGGUGCAUUGGCAGAGGCAAAGGAAACAGCUAUGAACUCAUUUGAUACUGAGAAGAUAAAAUUCAUAAUGGAUGUGGAGGACCUUAAGAGGAAGAUAGAGGAAAUCCAGGUCGGUAAGGAAGCGACUGAGGAAGUAGGGCGCGACAAGGAUGCUGAGGCCGAUAGGCUGAGGGCUGAGUUGAUGAAGAUCGGUGUUUCUUUGUCACAGAUGCAAGCAUCCUAUAAUGAACUUGAUGGUAAGAAUUCGCACCUAAAUGAUGAGAAGAAUUCAAUCUAGAAAGCAGUAGAUGCUAAGAAGGUUGAAGCAUGCAAGCUGAAGUAAAAAAAUUGGGGAACUUGAAAAUUACGAUGCUGAAAAGGAUGAUGAGAAUGGGAAACUGAAGGCGGCAUUAUAGGAAAAGAAGAGUGAGAUUGAUGCCCUCACCAAGGACAAUGAGCUGCUGCAUCUCACAGUUGCUGAGGCACAGGAGAAGAAUAAGUGUAGCAUUUUAUCAUGCAUAUCACCAUGCAGCUCCAAAUAAUUAGGUUGGGAAUGUGUUGCAUUAAUAAUGUAAUGGUUGCAAUGAAAUAAAACUUGCACUUCCUUUGUUAUAUGUGA